GUCACAUGAUCAUGCCUCCGGUCCAAUCACGAUGUUAGGUUUGAAGCUACUGAAUUCAAACUAUUUUGUGAGUUUCGGAGUUCAGCAGGCGAGUGAGUGGUAAAUAGGGAAAAGUAGGAGUUGAAAUAAUCCGUGUGUAAAUAUGGAAUCCUAGCAUAUAACUGAAAUACAAAUUCUAAGCGGUAAACAUGGAAGGGAAAGUAAUUGGGCCUGGUCCGUACCGAGCUACAAAACUGUGGAAUGAAACAAUUAAGCUGUUUCGUGCUGGCAUGCCAUUGAGGAAGCAUCGGGUUCAUUUCCGAACCUAUGAAAGCUGUUUCACUGCUUCCGAAGCUGUGGACUGGCUACACAAGCUGCUUAAGAGUAACCAGAACUUUGGCCCCGAGGUCACCCGUACUCAGACUGUACAGCUGCUAAAGAAAUACUUGAAAAAUCAUGUGAUAGAGGACAUAAAGGGAAGGUGGGGCAAAGAAGACUUUGAGGACAAUGGACAAUUGCACAGGUUUCCUCCAUCAUCCCCACUAAAGCCAUAUCCUAAAAGGCCCCAGUACACUGAAAAGAAUUGUAUUCCCAAAUUUCCGAAAUGGGAUGAUUAUGAACCAAUGUCUUCACAGGAUAAGAAUCCAAUGAGGCCACUUGUUCUGAAUUCAGAGUUGUGGAACAAGCGGCACAGCAUUGCGAUUGGAGAGGUGCAUGAGUGCAAGCUGGUACACAGGAGAGAAAUCUCACCCAGGAAUGUGGAGCACAUUUGGAAAUCGAUGACUCUUGCACAUUUACAGAAGAUAGUGGGACUGGAAUCCCUCAAUGGUGUGCUGGACUCAAAACUGAUAAACCCCAAGCAUAUACUUUACAAUGUGUACAAUACCAAUAAGCAAGGAGUUGUGGUUCUGCAAGACAAAUCCGAAGAGCUUCCUCAUUGGGUUUUAUCUGCCAUGAAAUGCUUAGCAAACUGGCCUAAUGGUAGUGAGCUUAAACAGCCGAUGUAUCCUGGGUUUGAGAGAGACGUCUUGAAAACAGUAGCAGAUUACUUCCACAAACUGAAAGAGCCUUUGCUCACUUUUCAGCUCUAUGAUAUUUUCGUCAAUAUCCUUGCGUUGUCAGGGUUUAUUGCACUGCAGAAGCAAACCCCACAAAGGAAGGAGACUGUAAAACAACCUCUGCGAAUUCAGCAGAAGCCAACAGCUGAAGAGGGGAGACGGUGCAGGCUCAGUUCCCAUAUAUCUAUUGAAAACAUUAUGCUGAGCUUGUCUAGAAAGGUACAGCAAGGGGCAUGUGAACCAAUUGAAUCCCUACAACAUGUGAUCAGUGGUCAUUCAAAAGAAUGGAAUGCUGGAACUCUUAGACCCCUACCAAUAAACUGCAGAGAAGCAUCUAGCUCAAAUGGAAAUACUUGUUCACACACACACAGUGUUAGUGCUACAAAAGAACAAAGAUACCAGAGAUCCAUCUCCCAACCUUUCUUGAUCCACACAAACCAAAGUAGCCUACGGGCUAGAAAACACAUUUCAGAUGAAAACCAAGUGUUAAAAAUAAAUCGCGGCAAUAGCUUGCAAAAUCUCAAGGGACUUCAAAGUGAGACUUUGAACCCCUGGGUCUCCACGUACAGAUACUGCUCUGAAGAAAGCUUAUACGGCGCAGAUCUCAGAAGGAACAGACAUUCUUUUUCCGCCUUCACUUCCACUGCUGAACUUUUGGCAAACCCUGAAGACAAAGAGAGCACAGAUCAGGGGUAUGGAGUGAUGCUGCAAAGAGCACAGUCGGUGCACUGCAUGCCAACUACACACGGUUCCCAUUGUAAAUCCUGCCAAGAUUGUUUCAGCCCAGGAAAUGUGUCAACUUUGCCAUUGAGGAACGAAGGGACUGAACGUCAGAGUGUUGGUCAGGGUAAUUUUCAUCAUGCAAAGACUUUGAGAAGUGCCAAAGACUGCCUCCUCUCUGAGAAUCCCUGCUUUACCAACUCCUUCAACAAGCUCCAGCCUGGCUCUCCAAGCAAACCUCUUACAGAGUUAAGCACUGCCCCUCUAUCACUGGCUUCGGGUCAAAAAGCUUGGUCCAGCUCACUCAGUGAUACUGGUAGCACAAACCCUCAGUCUAGCAGCAUGUCAAGCCUUCUGCAGAAGCAGCAAAUUGCAACCGAAGCCCUUCAGGUUUGCUGUCUUCUCCUGCCUCCAGUAAACAGGAGAAAGCUGCAGUUACUGAUGAGACUGAUGGCACGGAUUUGUCAGAAUACUCAGAUCCCACCACUCAAUGAUGCCAUUGGGACCAGAACCCUGAUGGUUCAGACCUUUUCUCGUAGUAUCUUGUGUUCAGCGGAUGAGGUUGACUUGGAUGAACUUCUGGCCACUAAGCUGGUAACAUUUAUGAUGGACAAUUAUGAUGAGAUCCUGAAGGUUCCUAAUCGGCUACAGAGUGCAGUUGAGGAGCAUUUGGCCCACAUGCGAAGAGUUCAGAUAAAGUAUGCUGGAGCCGAUGCAGAUGCCUCUAUUGUUUCUCAAUCCUACUGCAAACAGAUCAGCAAAGAAGAGUUUGAUGAGCAGAGAGCCAGUAGCUCACUGGCUCCAAUGGCGGAAUUGCUGGAAGGGAUCAUUAAGGAUAAAGAACUGUCCAUCAAAGACAAAAAGAAGAAACUUAAACAGUUUCAGAAGUCUUAUCCUGAAGUCUACAAGAAGCGACUUCCCACAGUGGAAAGCGAGGCAGCUCUGUUUCCAGAAAAACCUACAUUUAAACCUCAGCUGAUGUUUUUCACUCUCAAGAAACCAUUCCAGCCAUUUCAAAGAACCAGGAGCUUCCGGACGUGAGAUUCAGCUUUGGUUGCAAAUUUCAAUUUGUCAAACUUUUAUUGGUGUCAGUCAUUUUAACAAGAUGUAACUGCUGAAAGAAAUCCUGAGUUUUUUUACUCUUUUAGUUUUCACUCUCAGAGUAUAUUACGGAAGCUAAAAGUGCAGUAAAUCUAAACGCUAAACUUGGUCUAAUAUGUUCUAUUCUUUUGAAAUCUCUUUACUUCAUACUUUCUUGGGGCUGUCUCCAAGCAGUCCAGCAUAAAAAUAUACAUCCAGAGCUUUUAUUAUUUUAGUUUACCUAAAAAAAAAAAAAAAGUACUGAUCGCCUCUGUUCUGAUUAAACAAGGUCACCAAGGUGUGUUGCACCUUUCAAAAUCUGGACUGCAACUCACUAUCAGAAUAUUAACAAAUUAAUUUAUAGGAGAGGAAAAUGUUAUAUAAAGUCCCAGAAUGAACCAGGACUAAUGUCCUGUUCUGCUGCAUAAAGUGUUUACAAGGAAUAUUUAUUGCCCAUGUUAAAGUACUACUAACAUUUCACCUGUACAAAAUAUAUGAUUAUUUAGUCUAGGAUUUGCACAAUCUUUUUUUCUUUCAGUUGUCUGUUAAAUAAUGAUUAAUGUACCCAGAACAAGGCAUGCAUGUACAUUUCUUUAAACUAGUUCAUGCCAAUAAGAUGUAGAUACUUGAAAAUUAUUAUUUUUACACUGGAAUAAUCACUGUAAUAUUUAGUGCAUUAAGGAAAUGUUUGUGAGUUCUCACAUUUUUAUCUGUUGCGUUUGGUCAGUGCUUCAGAGAACAGCAGGUUGGUAUUAAAACAAUUGUAUGGCAUGUGUUUGACCAGACACUAAUUAAACCAAACUGGAGUGAAGCGUUAUUCUGUGGCAACUUUAACAAUAGAAUACAGAUGUACAUCCGAGUGCAUUUUUUGGUAUUGAUUGAUGACGUGUGUUCGGUUUAUGCAGGUACAAGGAUAUUUAAAUGUGUGUUAGAGUGAGUUUUGUUACAUUUCAGUUAAGUAGGACAUGUUUGUGCCUAUACUGUAAUUCAAGGUCUUGCUGGCUGUAGUGAUUCCUUUAUUGGAUGUUUAUUUGCAUGUCCUACUGUGCAAUUCCCUUUCCUGUCAGCUACCAGUUUUAAAUGGUAAUCUUUGGAGCGCAUGUUUGUGUUUUAAGUUUUAAAUACAUAACUGCCAUGGUAGACUUUUAAAAGUACCUCUGCAUGUGUAUGUUGUGUGGUGCCCUGUCUAAAGAUAUCUUCUAAAACGUAAGACAUUGAACACCAUGUUAGACAAAGUAUUACAUUUUUUAAAUGUUGGCAAUUCAGCAAGACACUGAUUAUGCUUUCAAUCUUUUGCUGUCUGUAAAUACACACUGUAAGAACCACAGUCAAACAUUUUAAUCCACCAAUAAAAGACGCAUGUUGGCGGUACGUCCUGUUGCUGCUUGUAGUUCCUUUAUUUUUUGAAGAUUACAUUGUAUCAUUGUAAAAUCUGCCCUGGAUUAUGUGUGUCCAAGUGUUGUAAGUUCAGAAAGUUCAACACAAAUACUUUUGUGAUUAAAUCA